CUCCUUCUGCCUCCCAACAACAAAGAAGAAUCUUCCGACUCCUCCCAUCUUCAUUCCCUCUCUUUGUUUCUCAGGAAUUCUAUAGGUUUGCUGAUAUAAAAAAGUGAUAUGAAAAGGUUGAAUGCAAGAUACCCAGAUGAUGAAACUAUUUCUUGGGUUAAUUUAGUACGUGAAAGAGAGAAGUGGAGGGAAGACAGGGAGAUAUAUAAAAUGGAAACAGGGAGGCAAUCCGUGAAAUUCUCAGGUGAUUUUGUGAUGGGAGGUCUAGCAGCAGUGAUAUCAAAGAGUGCUGUGGCACCCAUUGAAAGAGUGAAGCUGUUGUUGCAAAGUCAAGGGGAGAUGGUCAAGAGAAGACAGCUCAAGAGACCUUAUGUGGGUGUUGGUGAUUGCUUUUGGAGGGUCUUGAGAGAGGAAGGUUUCAUCUCAUUCUGGAGGGGUAACCAAGCCAAUGUCAUAAGAUAUUUCCCUACUCAGGCUCUCAACUUUGCAUUUAAAGGUUACUUUAAAAGCUAUUUUGGACGCUCAAAAGAGAAAGAUGGCUAUGUGAAGUGGUUUGCUGGAAAUGUGGCUUCAGGGAGUGCUGCUGGGGCAACUACAUCAUUGUUGCUAUAUCAUUUGGAUUAUGCACGUACCAGGCUUGGCACUGAUGCAAUACAAUGCUCAGUUAAUGGCCAACGACAGUUCAAAGGGCUUUUGGAUGUAUACCGGAAAACAUUGUCAAGUGAUGGCAUUGUAGGUUUAUAUCGUGGAUUUGGGGUUUCAAUCGUGGGAAUCACUUUGUACCGAGGCAUGUACUUUGGGAUCUAUGACACAAUGAAGCCUAUUGUUUUGGUUGGACCUCUUGAGGGGAAUUUCUUUGCUAGUUUCUUUCUGGGUUGGAGUAUCACCACUGUUUCUGGGGUCUGUGCCUAUCCCUUUGACACAAUUCGACGGCGAAUGAUGCUGACCUCUGGACAACCAGUUAAGUAUCGCAAUCCCAUGCAUGCUUUACAAGAGAUAAUUCAUCUUGAGGGAUUCACUGCACUUUUUCGUGGAGUUACUGCAAAUAUGCUUCUUGGUAUGGCAGGGGCUGGAGUACUUGCAGGUUAUGAUCAGUUACACCAAUUUGCAUUAAGACAUGGUUAUAUUUUCGAGCCAUGUCAAGGUACGUUGAAAUGAAUGCCAGAGACACGGUAUUUGUAUACUGGCAUAGCUUCCAAGUUGAUUCUUACUCAUGUUUGGGGAGGUAUGAAAAGAGCCAAAAGGGGUUGAGGAGAUUGGGGGGGUGGGGGGGAACGUUAGUUUUGGC